GACAAGCAGUGGUCAAGUGGGAUGACAAAUGCUCUUCAUUGGGUAUCAUCAUCAUUGCAAGAGGUGGCUGAUGACAGAGAAGCAGAUGGUGGAGAGGAGAUCAUUCCUUUGGUUCCCAUUACUGAGGAGGCUAUGACUGCUAUGGAAAAUCCACAGUUCCUUAAACUUCUGACUGCCCUGAACAUUGUCCCACCUUCAGAUGAACAGGAGAUAUAUUGGCAUAUUCCAGGGCAUCUGAAUGUUCAAGAUCUUAAGAAAAGGACUGAGAUCAUUAAUCAAGCACUAGAUGGGAGUUUGAUAACACAACAUAGUGGUGAGGGGAUAGAUGGCAGUGCAGGAAGUAGACAAGAUAAUGACGCAGAUGGGAACAUAAACAUUUCUGAAGAAAGAGGAUUUUCAAGCAAACAAGCAGCUUAAACAAAGAUACUGAAGGUAAAAGGAAUAAGAAUAAAAAUCCUGCAUGGAAAGUCUGGAAGCACCUGCAGCUUGAUUCAGAUUCUGAAACAGAAGAAAUAAAUCGUUAAUUCAAACAGGUGAAGCUUCAGAGAGUAUCAUCUCAGGUGAAAGUCCAUGAAAUAGAGGGAAAAUUUUUAUGUUGGAUUCUGAAAAAAAAUGAAAAAAAGCAGUAACUCCAUGAUGUGGAAAGUUGAUUGUCCCACUGCCGCAGGAAGUGAGAUGGAUGGUGAUUUAAACAGAACUACAAAGAAGAAGCUCACACACUUCAUACUUAACUCAGAUUCUGAAACAGAGGAAAUAAGCCUUAGCCCAUUUGUUCAGAAUGACUACAUUCCUGACACAAAAAGUGUAACAGAUGGCAGUUCACAUGGGACUACGAAGUAUGUUGUCACCAGUGUCGCACUGAAUUCCGAUUCUGAAAAUGAAGUCACCGGAGCCCAAGCUGAACCGACAAGGCGUGAAUACAAAAGAGUUCUUGGCGGCUCAGACUCAGAUGGUGACAUUUCACAUUCCAUCAAAAGGAGCAAGACCACAUUUUCUGCUGAUGAGACUAAUACAAUGGACAUAGAAAAAAGACAUUCAGUGGCAGAAACAGAUGGUAGCAUUUAUAUGCGGAAAUAUAAAUGUAGAAUUAUUUUGAGUGACGAGGAAGACAAUGUUUUGUAAAUUGAAUCACUAUAACAAGGUGGCAUUUUGACAGAAUUGCAUUAACCUGUAUCAUUCAUUAAUAGGGUGUUUUCAUCCCCCAGGGUAAAGAUGUUUGUAUUGAAAACAUACCCUCUGUGCAUGCUUCUUCAAGGACAGUAUAAUGCUCAUCUGAUAAAAGGUUAACAAGAAUCAUACAGUGAAUAAUUUUUACGAACCAAGUAUUAGCUUAUAUUCCUACUUGUAUAGAAAGCAUGCCCUUUUAAUUAAUUUGUAAAUAAACUCGUUAAAAGCACCAUUCAUAUUCUGAAUAGGAGUGUUCCUUCCACUUGUUUCCUUUUAUUAGAAUUCCUCCAGGAUAGACUGAAUGGAAAGUCACUCCAUGUAUAAGCCGUAUAGUGAACAAAAGCCAAAUGUGUGAUAUCUGAGAUGUUCAAAGCAGUAGAAUGUUCAGACUGUGCUCUUCUGGGAUAUAUGUCGUAACACUUUGUAGUCAGGUUAUUCACUGCUGCCUCCACAUUCAGGAUAGAAGUUCACUUGCACCUGAAGAUGAUGUCUCCCUAAUUAGGUUAUUUGCAUCAUCAAAUAGCAGAAGGCUCUGUCUUAGUCCUCCUGGCAGGGAUCAUCUUGUACAGCCUUCGAGCCAUAUUUCAUUGUUGUCCCUAUUAGGAUGUAUCAUAUACUCGGUACUACUGGCCAUUUUUCCUAUACGGGGUGUGUCCCUUUAGGAGGUUUAGCCAAAGUUUUAUACAGUUGUCCAAUUCCACACUUUUUCAGAGCUUUAGCUUUGAUUUAGUUGUAUGUUCUUGUGGUGAUUUCAUAAGAAUACAAGAUGGAGUUCAUCCUGCAUUCACUUGUAUCUCACAUUUUUCAUGAUGGGUGUUGUGUUGGAAAUGCUAGCACUACAUCAAGGGAAUAUCAACAUCCUUACUGGAGCUACCCAGAAGAUGUACUUGCAAUAGUACACUGAAGUUUGUGGGAAACAGGUGUAUCCUUCUAACCAUUGCAGGGCCAAACUAGUCAAUUGGGCUUCAUCCCACAUAGCCAUGAACUGUGCAUAAAUCCGCAUUACACGAUCAGACAUAUCUUAAAGAUAAAAGUCAAACUGGACCCAGCUAAUAGUGUUAGAAUCUUUGCUUUUCAUUCAUUAACUGAAAGCAAUAAAUUAAAACUUAAAUCUAAAUGACAGCAUGUAUACAUAUAAGGACAUCAUUACAUUUUCUAAAAGGUGCCCAAACAUAAGAAGGGCAAUGAAUCAACAGUUUCCUUAUAAUCCCUACUCCAUUUUAUUUCCCCAAUAACUUUGAAAGUUUGGCUGUAGGAUUUUGAGGCACUCUGUAUGCCAAACAUUAUGUAGCUUUAUAUUCAAUGCACAGGGCAAGAAGACAGGCGUCAGCAGAGGCAAUAUUAUGUGUAGUUAAGCAGGCUAUGUAGACCAUAAGGGCAGGUAGACUGCCCUAGCAGUAGCAUGUAGUGAGAGGUAUAUGUAGCCAGUAUAAAUUGAACCAAGACAUGCAGCAAUAGAGCCACUUCCAAGGUCAGGUAAUCAGGCAUA